AUGAGCAAGAAAAAGAACCCUCUCGUAUUUUUAGAUGUAUCCAUUGAUGGAGAUCCUACCGAAAGAAUUAUUAUCGAGCUUUUUGCAGAUGUUGUUCCCAAGACUGCCGAAAACUUUCGGUCACUCUGUACAGGCGAAAAGGGCAUUGGAAAAACCACUGGGAAACCUCUGCACUACAAGGGCUCUUAUUUCCAUCGAAUAAUCAAAGAAUUCAUGGCCCAAGGUGGUGACUUUUCGAAGGGAAAUGGCUCUGGUGGAGAAAGCAUCUAUGGAGGGAAGUUUGCAGAUGAGAACUUUAUACUGAGGCAUGAAGGAGCAGGUCUUCUCUCUAUGGCAAACAGCGGUCCAAACACAAAUGGUUCCCAAUUCUUCAUAACCUUUAAGCCUCAGGCCCAUCUCGACGGGAAACAUGUUGUCUUUGGAAAAGUGAUUAAGGGAAUGGACAUUGUGAAGAAAAUGGAACAGGCAGGAAGUGGCCGUGGCCAACCUGUCGGACCUGUAAAAAUUGUGGAUUGUGGUGAAACUUCUGAAAGUAAAAUUGAGGAUGCUGCUGGGAAAGAUACAGGAAAGCAUAAGAAAGCUGGGAAGCCUUCAGAUGAUGGUCCUUAUGAGCAAGUUAGAGGAAAAAGUAAAAAAUCCCUGAAGGAUCCAAGGAAGAAAAGAAAAAGGAGAUACUCUCCAUCUGAUUCUGAUUCGUUCUCAUCUGAUUCUGAAACAUCAUCUUCAUCUGAUUCCGAAACCUCAUAUUCAGAAUCAGAUUCUGAUUCAAGCUCCUCUAGUGAUGGAAGGCGUAAGAAAAAGAAGAGGUCGGCAAAAAGAGAUAAAUAUGAGCAUGGGAGAAAACAGAAGUAUGGACGAAGGGAGAGGAAGAGAGGCCGACGUGAUAAGCGAUCAAGGCGGAAGUCUAAAUGGAGUUCUGAGAGCUCAAGUGAUACAGAGACAGAUAGUUCUAGCACUACCAGCAGUUCUGAUGAUAAAAUUCCUGUUUCUGCUCGUAAGACCAGUAAGUCAACUCAGUCUGGAAAGAAAUCAAUUCAGAUUCCAGCAGGACUUCAAAUGGAUUGCAUUGAAAUUUUUGACAGUGGUGCUGCAGAUUUUAACUUAGUGCUGAUUGAUAUUGCAGGUGCAGGUGGAAAAUCCUCGACCCAUCUCUCUGCGAAAGAAGCUGUGGUGGAACGACAGCAAAGGUAUGAAAAGCCCAAGACAGCCAGCUCAUCACAUGAAGAAGGUGAAUUGUCUCCCAAGAAUGACAAACAUCUAAAUAAUGGCAAUGGGAUGGAUUCUAAAUUGGGCACAAGUCCUAAUCGGCAUUCCUAUUCGGAUGACUCAAACAAAUCCAGGAGAGCAAUGCCAAGCUCCAAAAAUAGGCCAAACAAUAGCCGCCGGAGUAGUCCUAGCAUGAGUCCUGAAGAAGUUCUCAGGAGUCCAAGAUUCAGAACCGACAGUAGAAGUCCAGUUAGGAAGUCUGGGGAGUUGAACAAGGGAAGGUUGUCAAGGAGUCCACUGGGUAGUCCUGCCAAUAAAGGCCACCAUGAAUCUUCCACGUCAAACCAGACUCAAUCCCCAAAUGGUGCGCCCAAGCGCAUUAGAAAAGGGCGUGGCUUCACUGAUCGUUAUGCAUUUGCACGUCGGUAUCGCACCCCUUCUCCCGAACGAUCCCCUCAGAGGUUCUACAAUUAUGUCGGAAGAAAUAUCAAUGGGAGGAACCGUGACAGGUAUGGAAGGCAGAGAAGUAGAAGCAGGAGCGUAUCUCACAGUCCAGGCAGUUAUCAUGGCCGUUACAGGGACCAGAACCGGAGCCGGAGUCCAAAACGUAGUCCUACACCUAGAGAUAAGCGACCUUCCAUAAGUGAGGGUUUGAAAUCUCGUUUAGGUCCCCGUGUUGAUGAUCGGCCUUUUCCUAACAAAGGGAGGCCGAGAUCUAGGUCCAGUUCCAGGAGCCGUGGAUCCUCUCUUUCUAGAUCUCCCGAUGCUGUACCCCCAAAACGUCAAGGCAGAGCAGCUAGGGCUAGCAGGUCUAGGUCGAGCUCACCAUCUGGACAGCAAGGGUUAGUUUCCUAUGGGGACGCCAGUCCUGAUACUGAAAUAAGGUAG